CUAUCGGUCGAGCCAGACAGAUUAUGAAAUCUUCUUCCUGCAGCUUGUAUGUUCUUGAAUCUUGACUUGAAUCACAUUGAGCAUUGUCUAAUAAAACCUAUAGACUCUAAGAUCUAUAUCUAGACAAGUUUGUGUUCACGAUUUGCCAAUUGUUCUAAACAUUUAAAACCUAACAGCAUUAAUUCAUAAAGAGGAGAGGAUGCUUAUCUAUGAAUACAUGCCUAAUAAAAGCCUUGAUUUUUUUCCUCUUCGGUUAGCAAAUUUUGACAAUUUAGUUAAAUUAUCUUUCUUUUGAUUUUUGUCAAUUGUUCACACAUAUGUACUACUACAGAUCCUAUGAAAAAGAAUAUUCUAGAUAGGAAGAAACGCUUCAACAUCAUUCAAGGGAUCAUUCAAGUGCUUCUAUACCUUCAUAACUACUCAAGAUCUAGAAUAAUUCAUAGAGAUCUGAAGGCCAGUAAUAUUUUACUUGAUAAUGAGAUGAAUCCAAAGAUAUUAGAUUUCGAUAUGGCUAGAAUAUUUUGGUCAAAUGAUUCUAAAGUAAAUACAAACAGGAUUGUCGGGACAUAGUGAGUGAUUAAAUCAUUUUACAACUAAGUGCACGGAUAUGAAUGUGCUUAUAUGCAUGUGUUUAAUCCAUCAUUGAUUGACAAAGUUUGUUCAAUUGUUCAGUGGUUAUAUGUCUUCAGAGUAAGUGAUGGAGGGAGUUUUCUCAACAAAAUCAGAUGUCUUUAGCUUUGGAGUCUUAUUGUUGGAGAUUGUGAGUAGUCAGAAGAAUUAUAGUUGUUACCAUUCUGAACAGCCACUCAAUCUUAUUGGAUACGCAUGGGAGUUGUGGGGAGAAGGUAGAGGCUUGGAGUUAAUUGAUCCAACUUUUGGUGAUUUAAAUCACACGGAUCAAGUUUUGAGGUGCAUUCAUGUUGGUCUCUUGUGUGUUCAAGAAAGCCCAAUUGAUAGACCUGCCAUAUUAGAUGUGAUAUUUAUGAUAUAUAAUGAAGCUAAUAAGCUACGUGCACCAAAACAACCAGCAUUUUUUCUUGGGAAGAAUAUGCCAGAGGCAGGAAUUGUUGAAUGCAGACCAGAAAAUUGUUCAUCAAAUAGGGUAUCAAUUUCAGAGAUGGUAGCAAGGUGAAGGAACCUGCUUCUUUCAAUUUCAAGUUUCAACCAAUACUGCCGCAAAGUAAAUUUUUACUAUUAGGAGCAACAUUUAUAUCCCAUUUUAACAAGAUGGUUAUGUCAUAUGUGUGUCACAUUUUCAUUUUCGAGAGAAUCACAGAGUAUAUAUGUCUAUGUAUAUGGUUUUAUGCGUACAGUAGUUUAAAAUUUAUUUGAUUAUCUUCGUCUUGAGUGUUA